AUGGCCGAGCCGCUGCUCAGGAAAACCUUCUCCCGCCUGCGGGGCCGGGAGAAACUGCCCCGGAAAAAGUCAGACGCGAAGGAGCGCGGUCGUCCAGCCCAGCCCGUAGAGCCCAGCAUCCCCGAGCCAGAGCCCCAGGCCCCAGAAGGGUGCCCGGUGGGUGCAGAGGGGCCCCCCAGCCCCGAGGCCUCUCGGAGCCCCGCGCGGGGGGCCUACCUGCAGAGCCUGGAGUCCAGCAGCCGCCGCUGGGUGCUGGGCGGGGCAAAGCCUCAGGAGGAAGCCGCGCUGGGGCUCGGGGUGCCGAGCAGCGGGGAGCCGGCCGGCGAGAUCUGGUACAACCCCAUCCCCGAGGAAGACCCUCGGCCGCCGGCGCGCGUGGGGAAGCAGCCAGGCGCGGGGGAGCUGGACGGCGAGCACCCGCCGCCGCCCCCGGCCAAGGCCUCGCGCACCAAGUCCCCAGGCCCCGCGCGGCGCCUGUCCCUGAAAAUGAAGAAACUGCCGGAGCUGCGCCGCCGCCUGAGCUUGCGGGGCCCCCGGGGCGGCCGCGAGCGCGACAGGGCUGCCCCCGCGGGCUCGGUCAUCAGCCGCUACCACCUGGACAGCAGCGUGGGGGCCCCUGGGCGCGCAGCAGGGACCGGGGUCGCGCGGGGGCCCCGGGCCGGCUAUCUGAGCGACGGCGACUCGCCUGAGCGUGCGGCAGGGCCCCCGUCACCCACCGCCUUCCGGCCCUACGAAGCGGGCCCUGCGGCCCGCGCGCCCCCGCCCGCGCUCUGGGGCCGUCUGAGCCUGCACCUGUACGGGCUCGGGGGGCUGCGGCUGGCACCCGGAGCGCCCCCGCGGGAUCUCUGUUGCCUUCUGCAGGUGGACGGGGUGGCCCGGGCGCGCACGGGGCCGCUGCGCGGCGGUCCGGAUUUCCUACGGCUGGACCAUACUUUCCACCUGGAGCUCGAGGCCUCCCGGCUUCUGCGGGCGCUGGUGCUGGCCUGGGACCCUGGCGUGCGGCGGCACCGGCCCUGUGCCCAGGGGACCGUGCUGCUGCCCAUGGUAUUCCGCGGGUGCCAGGCCCAGCAGCUGGCCGUUCGCCUGGAGCCCCAGGGGCUGCUGUAUGCGAAGCUGACCCUGUCAGAGCAGCAGGAAGCCCCAGGCACAGCUGAGCCCCGCGUCUUUGGGCUGCCUCUGCCCCUGUUGGUGGAGCGGGAGCAGCCUCCUGGCCAGGUGCCCCUCAUCAUCCAGAAGUGCGUGGGGCAGAUCGAGCGCCGUGGGCUGCGGGUCGUGGGGCUGUACCGUCUGUGUGGCUCAGCGGCAGUGAAAAAAGAGCUACGGGAUGCCUUUGAGCGAGACAGUGCAGCUGUCUGCCUCUCCGAGGACCUGUACCCCGAUAUCAAUGUCAUUACUGGCAUCCUCAAGGAUUAUCUUCGGGAGUUGCCCACCCCGCUCAUCACCCAGCCCCUCUAUCAGGUGGUGCUGGAGGCCAUGGCCCGGGGGCCCGCAGCCCGGGCUCCCCCCAGUCCUGAGGGCACCAGAGGACUCCUCAGCUGCCUGCCAGAUGUGGAGAGGGCCACGCUGACACUUCUCCUGGAUCACCUGCGCCUGGUCUCCUCCUUCCACACCCACAACCGCAUGACGACGCAGAACUUGGCCGUGUGCUUCGGACCAGUGCUGCUGCCCGGGCGCCAGGGGCCCUCCCGGCCGCGCGUCCGUGGCUCCGGCCCGGGCCUUGCCAGCGCAGUGGACUUCAAGCGCCACAUCGAGGUGCUGCAUUACCUGCUGCAGUCCUGGCCAGAUCCCCGGCGGCCCUCGGAGGCUUCGGACCUCGCUCCGUGCCUGCGGCCCAAGCGACAGCCGCCACUGCACUUGCCGCUGGCGGGCCCCGAAGUGGUGACCCGGCCCCGCGGCCGGGGAGGCCCCGAGAGCCCACCAAGCAAUCGCUACGCCGGCGACUGGAGCGUCUGCGGGCGAGACUUCCUGCCCUGUGGGCGAGACUUUCUGUCGGGGCCGGACUACGACCACGUGACGGGCAGCGACAGCGAGGACGACGACGACGAGGAGGCGGGCGGGCCGCGGGGCGCCACCGACUUCGAGGACGACUUCGAGGCGCCCUUCAACCCGCACCUGAAUUUAAAAGACUUCGACGCCCUCAUCCUGGACCUGGAGAGAGAGCUCUCCAAGCAGAUCAACGUGUGCCUCUGAGCCAGGCGGGGCGGGACCCCGGUUGCUAAGGGCCAGCCUCCUGGUUGCUAAGGCGGAGCCCUAAUCACCAAGGACCAGACCUGUUGCCAAGGCCCAAAUCCUGGUUGUUAGGGAGUUGCCAGGGGACCAGCCAGUCCCUUGCUGAAAAUCCUUCCCCAUUUC